AUGCAGGCGGAGGAGGCUGCGGCAGAGGCUGCAGCCCUAGAUGCCCUGGCCAAGCUGGCAAACAUUCUGGAACUGAAGGGUCAGCAGGAGGGUCGGCAGGAGGAGGCAGAACUGCCCGGACAGAUCCUGGCUGAGUUUGUGAUGGAUUCUCGAAAGAAAGACAAGCUGCUGUGCAGCCAGCUUCAGGUAGUAGACUUCCUGCAGAACUUUUUGGCUCAGGAGGACAUUGUCCAGGGCCUGGACCCCUUGGCUUCUGAAGACACGAGCCGACAGAAGGCAAUUGCAGCCAAGGAGCAAUGGAAAGAGCUGAAGGCUACCUACCAAGAACACGUGGAGGCCAUCACCACAGCCCUGACCCAGGCCCUGCCCAAGAUGGAGGAGGCGCAAAGAAAGCAAGCACAGCUCCAGGAGGCCCUUGACCAGCUCCAGGCCAAGAAGCAAAUGGCCAUGGAGAAACUCAGAGCAGCCCAGAAGCAGUGGCAGCUGCAGCAGGAGAAGCGUCUACAGCAUAUGGCAGAAGUUUCUGCAGAGGUGAGGGAGCGCAAGACAGGAAUUCAGCAGGAGCUUGAGCGGCUGAAUCAGGAACUUGGAACCCUGAAGCAGCAAGCAGAGCAGGAAUGGGAUAAGCUGCAGAGGCACCAGACCUUCCUCCAAUUGCUCUACACAUUGGAGGGUAAGCUGCAGUUCCCAGAGGCAGAGCUGCCAUGGCAUUCAGAUCUUCGUGAAGCUAAGCCUCAGCAACAGACCCAGCCUCAGGAGCAGAACACUGGAGAUACCAUGGGAAGAGAUGGGGGUGUGUCCUCCAAGGUGGACGGUGAACUUCUGAGUACAGCCUGAGUUCGGACUGUGACCCACCAGGGGGCAGGCCCUGCAUUCUUUUGAUUAAAAGCCCUGGAACUCUCUCA